ACGCCCGCAGUGUCCGUCUGAAAGAAGGCGAGCACCAGGUCGACGACGUCGCCAACACCCUCAAACGCUUCUUCCGUGACCUCGGGGACGGACUUUUCACUGGACGGUGGGGCAAGGACUGGCUGCGGGCGACGGCGCUGGAGGAUGAGGAGGCGAAGAUUGAUGAGUACCGGAGGCUCUUGGACACCCUUCCCAUGGUGAACCGGGCCACCCUGAAGGCACUCAUCAACCACCUCUUUCGGGUCCAGCUUUUCUCUGGGGAGAACCAGAUGAACACACACAACCUGGCCAUCGUCUUCGGGCCCACGCUUUUCCAGACGGAUGGGAAGGACUACAAGGCAGGACGCGUGGUGGAGGACCUCAUCAACCACUACGUGAAGAUCUUUAACGUCAACGACCAAGAGAUGAAGAAGCAGCAGGAUGAGAUUAUGGCCAUCAUGAAGAUGCGGGAGGCAGCGUCUAGCGGGACGCAGCAAGCCGGGGACUUCAUCUGCACUGUCUACCUGGAGGAGAAGAAGACAGAGGCAGAGCAGCACGUCAAGAUCCCAGCCACAAUGACAGCUGAGGAGCUCACCUUCGAGAUCCUGGACCGGCGGAAAAUCUUCAUGAAGGAGAAGGACUAUUGGAGCUGCUUCGAAGUGAAUGAGAGGGAGGAGGCAGAAUUUCGGGAGGAGAGGAACCUGCUGGGACUCGGCCUGAGCACCGGCUUCCAUGACCGCUACUUCAUCCUCAACCACACCUGCCUGCGCCUCUACAAGGAAGUCAGGAGCCACAAGCCAGAGAAGGAGUGGCCUGUCAGGAAUCUGAAAGUCUACCUGGGCAUUAAGAAAAAACUUCGUCCACCAACGUGCUGGGGCUUCACCGUCUUCUAUGAAAACGAGAAGCAUGAGAAGCAGCAAUGGUACCUGUGCUGUGACACCCAGGCUGAUCUGCGGGAGUGGUUUGCCACCUUCCUCCACGUGCAGAACGGUGGGGCCCUGUGGCCCUCGGAGACCUCCAAGGUGCGGGCGUCGCGGUCGCAGCAGGACUCCAGGUUGGGUAACAUCUCCCUCAUCCCACUGCGGGGCAAUGAGAGUGAGAUGAGG